AUGACGAUGACUGCCGUCCUCUUCUUUGCUCAGAUCUGGUGGUCUAUCGCGGCUCGAUUUUUUCCAAAAUCGCCUUUCAAUUCCCAAUAUCUGGUCCAGUCGUUACCUGAGGCUCCUCCUUUGCCCACCAGCUGGGCAGGGCGCUUGCCAGUACCUGGACGGGUUGAAGGGAACGAUAUCUUCUUUUGGCUGUUCGAAUCAGAGAGUCCAGUCUAUGAUGAGAAUCUGAUUGUCUGGCUCAAUGGCGGACCCGGUUGUUCAUCCCUCGCAGGUCUACUUGGGGGCAAUGGACCCAUUUCAUUCAUUGGCAAUUCCACCGCCGUGGAACGCAAUCCUUACUCGUGGACACAGCUGGGCAAUGUGCUCUACGUAGAUCAGCCCGUUGGAGCAGGCUUCUCCACGGCGAGCUAUCCCUACCCCGUUGGGAACAACGAGAUGGUGGUCGCAGAUUUCGUGGCGUGGCUGGACGGAUUUCUCACACUGUUCCCGCACUUGAUCUCAAAGAAGAUACACCUGAUGGGGGAGUCGUAUGCAGGUAUCUACAUACCGUACUUUGCCCAUGCUCUACUCAAGAGCAAGAACGUCUCCCGUUCACUCGAUAUCCGGUCAAUGUCCCUUGGAGACGGAUCCUGGGGUAACGCAGCGGCCAUGUCUUCCGUAGGGAUUGGAGCGUACAUGCAGUCACAGGCGAGGAUGCUGAAAGUUCCAAGAGGUAUUCUCAAUGCCUUUGCUGCAGCAGAUCAGGUCUGCGGAUUCGAUGAGGUACUCGCCCAAGCGACCAACUUCCCACCCCCGGCAAAAUCACCAUCCCAGACCGUCGCGGACAUCGACCGCUCGAUCUUUAAUUCGAGCUGCUAUGGUCCAUGCGCCGUUUAUUCCACCGCCAUGGACUACAUGGACACAGCUUCCUCUGCAGGAUCGGGGAUUCCCUGUUUCGAUGUCUACGACAUCCACCACGAUUGCAGCGCCGUUCCGACAAUGAGCCUGAUGACUGCGUUCUUCAGCCGGCCGGACGUCCAAGAUGCGCUUCACGUCAACGGAAGCGGAACAUACAGUACCUGCAACUCCACCAUCCUGAGCAUAUUACUCGGUGCACCCUCUGUCGUUCCACCGGCAUAUUCCAUCCUGCCGGAUCUGGUCACUGAGCACAAUAUCUCCUUGCACAUCUACAACGGAGAAUGGGACAUGCUGUUGAAUCACGUCGGCACUGAGCUAGCGAUUCAAAACAUGACGUGGCGUGGGGCACAGGGCUUUUCGACCGCGCCAAGACGUCCUUUCUUCCCUGACAACCCUAUGCCUGAAUGGAGUCUGUCUGGGCAUCCCGGAGAGACUGGUGGGGUUGGUAAAGCAGCAGGGUACUGGGGCCAGGAGCGCGGGGUGUCGUAUCAUCUCUUUAAUGGAGCCGGGCAUAGUGUCUUUGCGAACAAGCCCCGCGAGAUGUUCGCGUAUGUGCGAGAUGUCGUUGUGGGGGAGAAAGAAGUUGGUGGAGUCGAAGAUGGGGGUCAUUCAUAA